UCUUCUCAGUGUGGAACUCUGAAACAACAGAGCAACAGAGGAGGACCGCAUGGCAUACAAGCUGGACCAUGGCCAAUAAAAAUCCAUUAACUUCUACUCUGUAUUCCACCUUGAGUUACGAGACUACAACAGCAGCAAAGAACUGUGCCAUAGAGCACCAGCUAGAUAAACAUUUGUUUCCUGCUCUUUACAGCAUUCUGGUUAUCAUCAGCAUUCCUACCAAUACUGCAUCUCUUUAUGUAUCCUGUUGCCAGGUGAAGAAAAAAAAUGAACUGGGAAUCUAUCUCUUCAGUUUAUCUUUAGCUGAUCUACUAUACACCCUAACCCUGCCUCUAUGGAUUUAUUAUGCUCAGAAUGACGACAACUGGACUCUUCACAGACACCUUUGCACGGCCUCAGCUUUCCUCAAAUACCUGAAUUAUUACACCAGUUCAGGAUUUCUCACCUGCAUUUCCAUUGAUAGGUACUUAGCUGUGGUUCACCCACUAAGAUUCCAUUAUCUACGUACAAGAAGAUUCGCCUUCCUUGUUGCUAUUAUGGUUUGGGUCUUUGAAAUAAUAUCAAACUCUCAGGUUCUAUAUAACGACGACACAUUUACAGAAUUUUCUAAUGACAGUAACCAUUCAAAACAUACUCUUUGUUAUGAUACAUACCCUCUAAAAAGUUGGCAAGCCAAAUUAAACGUUUACCGGGUCUGUUUGGGAUAUGCAAUCCCUUUGCUAAUAAUGAUGUUCUGUUACCAAAAGAUAUAUCAAGCAGUGAAAAAUAAUCAAGCCACAGAGGAUAAGGACAAAAAGAAAAUCAAGGACUUACUGCUGACCAUUAUCAUUACUUUUAUUUUAUGCUUCACUCCCUAUCACAUUGUGCUGCUUAUUCGUAGUAUCUAUGAGCCAAACAAUUGUUCCUAUGCUAGGAAAAUGUAUGAGCCCUAUAGAAUUACAACUGCAUUGACGAGUUUAAAUUGUAUACUUGACCCAAUACUUUACUGUUUUGCAAGUGAAACUGGAAGAACAGAUGUUCAGAACAUGGUCAGGGGGUGGUGUUUUUCUGUCAGCCCUAAUGAUGUACAACAGUCACAAAGCAUUGCCUUGUCCAGCAGUUCACAGGGCAGAACUGGAAAAGUUCCAGAAUCAGCAACUUUUCUGUAGGUUUUGAUACAACAGAGGGCUAAACUUGACAAAUGUGGGUAAGGAGGUCUCCUUCUCCCCAUAUGGUUGGGUUCUUCAAGGCAGGCAACAGAAGAAUCUUCAGAUUCAAGAAAGGGCUGCUAUUACAAUUUGGCAAUUCUAUUGUCAGACAGCCCCUGUAUCCUGCUUCUCCUUCUGCACCUUCUCUUUGGGGAAAAGAGUCUGGUACUGUGUCAUCAAAUGCCAGGGUCAGACUCCCAUAAACUCACCCAUAUAUCCCUAAUCUCGUCCAUUCUAUUUUUUGAUGCAUUUAAUUGAAAUAAGUAUCUUUGGGAGCCAAUCUCAUUCUAACAGUAGGGUGUACAUGGAUUUAGUUUCACUCAGAGUUACCGAGGAAGGUAUAAGAUGGUCAAUAAGCAGGAAGGCAACAAUUUUAUGCCCUACUUUAUUUGCACA